GGCCUGUUUACAAAACGUUAUAAGUUUAUAAAUUAUGAUAUUUGCCUGAUUUGCGGGUGCUUUUUUUGUUGUUUAAACUAGAUUGUAUUUUGUUAUUAUUUUAUUAAACCUUAAUUUAACCAGGAAAAGCCUCAAAUUGAUGUGAAACGUCAGCAGUAAGUGGAUCUCUAUGUUGUCACCAUGUGUUGCAAUACAAAGUGAGGGGGGGGCUGUCCCUAAGCAACUCUUGAGCAAAGCAUAGCACUUAGACUAUUGGUUGUCAUCAGCUAAGGACACAGACAUGUUUUGCAAGUCCACAUCCACUCCACUACAGUGUCUCAAAGAUGGGACACCCUUUUUCCAACUUGUUAAGACAGAUCAAAACCAAGCAGUGACAUUUAUAUCACCAUCAAGGAACUUAUUUUUAUUAAUAUGUUCUGGUUUAAAUGGUUAGCUUUUUCUUUCAAUUUAGUUUGGUUUUUAGAUUUCUUUCUUAGGUCUAGUUUUGGAAAAUCGUAUGCAUCUUGCACCUAUUUGUGGGGCUUCUAUAAAUAGGCCCCUUCUGGCAACACAUGCGUGUCUAUGAUAGGCAGUUACAGAGAUUUUCUUCACAGACUGUGGCUCCAAAGCAACACUGACAACAUCUCAAUGGGGCUUUUACAUGGAUAACACCAUUAUAUUUAAGAUUUGACGAAUUGUGGACUUGAACAAGGAGUAGUUUCAUACUGUUGGUGAUACAUUUACCACACAUUUUGCAUUUUUUGUGAAUUGCUUCAGUGGAAUAUGACUUCCAGAAGGCCAAUGACUCGCUCUCUCUCUGGCAAUGGGAGGACAAGCAGCUUCGGUGAAGAGGAGGGCAGCUCUUCCAAUGGCCGCACAGAAAGCCGCAAUCCUUACCUCUCCAGUGUUAGGCCAGAAAACAGGAGCACGUUGUGCAGCGUCAUGGCUCAGCUGACUGAGGACAUACAGCCAUCCUUUGACACCACCUUGAGAUCAAAGGCAGUGUCAGAAAAAUGUAACGUGAAGUUCACCUGUAUGGUAUCAGGUUACCCAGCUCCAGAACUGAAAUGGUAUAAAGAUGAUAUGGAACUGGAUCGCUAUUGUGGACUCCCAAAAUAUGAAAUUCAUCGAAAUGAUAAAAUCCACACCCUCCAUAUUUACAACUGCACAUUGGAUGAUGCAGCCAUCUAUCAGGUUUCAGCCAGCAAUAGUAAAGGUAUUGUCUCCUGCUCGGGAGUUUUGGAGGUCGGCACCAUGAACGAGUUCCAGAUCCACCAGAGGUUCUUCGCCAAGCUGAAGCAGAAAGCAGACAAGAAGAAGAAAGAUCUGGAGGAACACACCAAGAAGGGGGAUAAAGAAAACACUGAACAUCCUCAAAGGAAGCAACACAUCCCGCUACAGGAGGAGAGGCCAUUGGUCCAGGCUGAGGCUGAGGAGCAACUGAGAGCUUCUGCAGAACCUAAUGGUGUUAGCUCUGAAGUCAAGGAAACAGCCUCUGUGACAUCCAAAGACCUGGAUGAGAUAUCUCCAUUUGAGGACACCUUGACCAAAAACAAAAUAAAGAUCACUAAUGGAGUAGAUGACGGGGUUAACAACAGCAGCAGACGCAGCAGCAGAAGCAAUAUGAUGGGAAAUGGAGGUGAAAACUGUUACGAUGGAGGAAUGGGUUUGGCACAAUUUAUGGCAGAGACUCUCCAGUCCCGGGGUGCUGAGGAGAAACAGAGUUCAUCUCCAGGGGAGAACCCUAACGAGAUGGAUAUACCUAUUGUAAGUGUCAGUAAAGAGAAAGAGAGAGAGCAAGAGAGGAUGCAAAAAGUGAGGGAAGAACAAGAAAAAGCCUUAGAAGAAGAGUAUGAGAGAAAGAAAAGGAGAGAAGAAGAAUUGGCUGUAGAGAGGGAGAAAGAAAGGGAAAGGCUGUCGAAGACGUCGCAUACAGUACCGUUUACGAAACAUAGUUCAGAAGUCAAACAUCACAGCAAGGCUCAUAAGGAUCAUGACCAUCACAUCAAGGCUCAUAAGGAUCAUGACCACCACAACAUUCAGGCUUCCAUCUCCUCGGUGCUGCACACAGUCAAAGACUUCUUCUUUGGUAAGAGCAAGAAGGACUCUCAUGAUCACAUGGAGAACAAGGAGAGAGCGUUUGACCACUCGCAUGCCGCAACGCCACCAUCAUUUCUGCUGCAAACAGAACAAAAUCAAGUUUGCAAGCCUCUUACAGAAGACAUUGUGGCUAUGGAAAUAGAUAAACUGAAAGAAACUCCAGAGACUGUGGAUACAGAACAGUCACAGAAGCCACAUGAACUUAACAAUGAAGACAUGGUUCUACACACAGACCAGCCACCAGCUCAUAAAUUGCUGCCUGAGAGCGUAGAGGUGUCCACAGCGCGGAGUGUCAAUGUGGCUGAUGCUGCUGUUGAGGCCAUGGAGGUGUCUGUGGGGCAAGAGAGCGGCAGUCCAGGUCAAGAAGUCCUCACUGAGGCUGAAGAGAAAGAUCCUCAGAUAGUAUCAGUUAUCAAAGAGGAUCCCAUACACCAGCAAGAGCCAGCUCGCCUGGUAGUUUCACCACAGCCUAAUCACCAGGCUGCAAGAGAUAAGUCUUCACCCAGGGAAGAAGUAUCUGUGCUGCCACAGACCCAAGACUGCUUUAAAGAGGAAUACUCCUCCACAUCCACCCUCAUGAGUUUGGAAGAAAGCUGGACUUUCCCUCACAAUUUAAUCUCGGUGUCAAACAGUCACAGCCUUGGAGAGGCAUUCGAUAAAACUUCACGAGAAGAAAAGAUGAGUGUUGAUAAGAUGGACAAAGAAGGCGAACCUGACACGGAGGAGGGCAGCUCUUUGAAUAAGUUAUGCGAGGAAGAGAAAGCUGAAGUGAAUUCAAACAGACAACCGUUCUCAAAAAUAAACAGAUCUGAGAUUUCUGAAUUAACACCAUGUUCACUGGAAAAGAGAAUAGGGCCAUGUCAAUCUAAAACAGCACAUCAUGUUCCUACGUCUCUGCCUGCUGUGACAGCAUACGAUGUAGAGAGAGAUGAUGUAAAGGAACAGGCCGAAUGUACUUCACUGAUUCAGGAAAUGAAUGUAGGGUUUCCGCCCACUGCACCCCCGGAGAGUUUAGAGAAGGGUGACCUAAAAAUGCUGCAAGACUACACGUCUUCUAUAGGAGAGGAAAGCACUGAAGUCCACAAUGUCAAUGCAGUACAGAGUUCAAACAAAGGUUUUAGAAGCAGUGAAGAGGGAAGCAAAUUGAAAGAGGUAUUGAUUUCUGCUGUAGAUGUAGAAGUAAACUCAGCUAGCAAUCUUAAAACCCAAGAGCAAGUCAUUGUAGAAGGUGAGAGCGCUGAAGGAAGAAAUGAAAGUUUACAGUUUGAAGUGGAGACAGAAAAGAGAAAUCCAGUGGAAGAACAGUUGGUUGACUCAAAGAGCCUCUCGGUAACACAAAACAAGAUGUGCAAUGUGUAUGUUUUGGAGGAAAACAACAAUGUUGCACAUCAAGAGAGCAGUGAGAGACAGCAGGGUCAGCCCUCAGUGAAUAUCCCACAAAUCCAAAUAUCUGCUAUUGAUGACACCCCAGAUAUUAAACCAACUGUGGCAGGUGUUAAACCAAAUGAGCAUUUUAUAAUCCCAAAAAUUGAAAUAAUGGAGCCACAGCUCAAAGAGUGCACUCUACCACCAACUAGUUUGGGAUUAAACAAGCAAGAAUCAGAGCCUGCUACUUUGCAAAAACAUGAUGCAACUAGUGUGUCUAAAGUAAUAAUCCAAGGCCACAGCCUGGCUGAUUCUACAAGCUCGCUGCCCACACAGAAAAGUAUGCAGAAUGAUACCAACCUCUCACUCACAGAGAAUGUAAAGGAAGUUGUCCAAUUAGAUGACGAGAGUAAAAAGUUAGAGCGAGAGCAGCCACACGUGAUAAGUAGUGAACGGCUCCCUCAGAUGGACUUAGCAUCAAUUCCUGUUAUAAACGUUUCGUGCACUGAUGACAAGGAGGAUGAUGUGUAUGUAAACACCCAUGUUUUAGAUACACAGCAGCCUUUAGAAACUCCACCAGUGCCUUUGUUUGUGGUGCCACCGAUCUCUGUCACUUGUCAUGAAAGUGAUUCUGGACUGGCCACAGAAAGUGAGUGGACAGAAACAGAAACUUCAGCUGCCACGCAAAGGGCUGUGCCUGAAAUAACUCAAAGUAGAAAACAGAACCUAGAAGAAACAGCAGAAAAGAGUAUCAAAGAAAGCACUCCCUCGAUGCUAUAUGAAGCUCUAAUACCAAAAGUUGGUGACAAUGUGCCAUCAUUCAGUAAUUCAAUAGAAGAUAACAUUGUCCCUGAAGUCUUGAAGACAAAACCCCUUAAAGAGGCCAAAAUGGAGAAUUCUGUGUCUGUUGAGGACCUUCAAAGAAACAGAUCGGCAGAAAGACUCUGCUGUAAACCUCCGGCACAUCCAUCAUUGAGUCCAGCCAGUCUCCGUAAAUUCAUGUCCAAAGCUGCUCCAGACUCUGAAGUAAUCACUGUGGGUGACCGUCAGAUAGACAAAGCAGACGAAGAUCUAAGUGGAGGCUCAACGCCAACAUCAUCCCUCUCCUGUGAGAACAGUCCCCGUCUGAAGCGCAGAGACAGUCUGUCACUCAUUCGCUCUGCCACGCCUGAAGAGUUGGCCUCCGGAGCUCGUCGCAAAAUCUUCAUCCCCAAAACUAAAGAAGAUGGAGAGGGAGCUGUAGUUAGUGCGCUGGAAACCCAAGGCAAGAAAGAGACCCCUUACAUGUCACCCAGCCAGGCUCGCAGAGCAGCAUUACUGCAAACUCCCACGGGACAAAAUACCCCACCAAUGGAAAGGCGCUCUCCGCUGCUGAGCCGCAGAAAGGCCACCUUGGAGGUGCCAAAAUCCGUGGAGCAGACUCCUACAGAAGAGCCUGUUAGCACCAAACAAGAUGAGAAACCAGCUGAAAAGAAGCUAAACCCUUUGAAAGCUCCACAAGUCAUCCGUAAGAUCAGGGGAGAGCCGUUCCCAGAUGCCUCCGGACACCUGAAGAUGUGGUGCCAGUUCUUCAACGUGCUCAGUGACUCCACCAUUAAGUGGUACAGAGAAGAGGAGGAAAUAGUAGAGCUGAAGAGAAGUGGAGGAGAUGAAAGCCAAGUCGCACUGGCUGUUGUUCUGGCAUCCAGCCACGACUGUGGAGUGUAUGGCUGUUCGAUCAGUAAUGAAUAUGGGACUGAUACCACUGACUUCCUGCUCAGCGUAGACAUUCUGUCUGAGAUACUACUAAAAGAGGAUUUGGAAGGAUACGUUGGAGAGGAGAUUGAGAUGACCCCGCUGCUGUUCAACAGAGGCCUGGCCGACUGUGGCAGCUGGGCUGAAAAGUACUUCGGCCGCAUCAUGACCGAGACGGUGCACAUCGGGGAGGGCUGCACUCACAAAGCCAGCAGAGUGAAGGUCAUUUACGGCCUGGAUCCCAUUUUUGACUCUGGAAGCGCCUGCAUCAUCAAAGUUCAAAGCCCCAUCGCCUACGGGACCACACAGGAGAGCAACCUCACAGAGAGAAAUCUACAGAUUACUAAGCAAGAAUGCAAAGUCCAAAACAUGAUACGUGAAUACUGUAAAAUCUUUGCGGCUGAAGCAAGAGUUACUGAGAACUUUGGCUUUUCACUUGAAGUAAUUGCUCAGUAUCUGAUGUACCGGCCUGCGAAUUCUGUGCCAUACGCUACGGUGGAGGCUUAUUUUGAGGGUGUCUUCCUCAACUACUGUAUGAUGGAUCCUAAAGGCAGGCUGAUUACACAAAACCUUUCUGAGGUGGAGCAAAAAUGCUGCUCUUUCCAGCACUGGAUCCAUCAGUGGACGCAUGGCAAUUUGCUGGUCACUCGGCUCGAGGGAGUUGAAACGAAGAUUACAAAUGUCAAAGUUGUGACCAAGUCAAAAGGAUACCAAGGACUAACAGAGCACGGCUCUCCUGAAGUGUUAGAACAGUUCUCGACACACCAUCAGUGCAACUACUACUGUGGACUUCUUGGCCUGCGCUCACUUAAAACUAUGGAUAGUCUACAGCAACCCACCAAGAUGAAGAGCUCCAAAAGCCCCCUUCUCAACCGCAAGUUGGGCUCCAACAGCCCCCAGCUGCAACGAAAAGAACACAGUCCUCAGAUGUCUAGAAAGGCUAAUUCUAGCCCAAAGGUGACCAGAAAAAAUCAGGAGACAGAGGACAAUAAAUUAGGCGACAAACCCCAGCCUGCAGAAACUGUUGAUGUCCUUGAAAUGAGGUAGGAAGAAGCGGCUCUUCUUUGACAAGCAAGAUUUUACUGCUUGUAAUGGUUUAGUAUUACCUGUUUCUUUCCAGUUACCAAAACCAGCAAGGACUUGAAGAGUAAGAUUAAAAGAAAAGCAAAAGUUUGUUGACCUGACUUAUUACAAAGAAUUACUGUGAAUUUAUCAGUGGCCAUUACAAUGACAGUAAAAAGACAUCCAGCAAAAGCCGUGUUUUUAAUUUUUUACUCGUAUCAGAUCUAUGAGUGGAGAAACAACUCUCCAAGAAAUAUCUGUAAACUCAAAAUCAUCAGCACUGAAAAAUCAACCGUACUUCACACUGGGACAUUUGCAUUGAAGCUCUUUUCUUUCAAUGAAGAGUUGAACAUUUUCCUGGUUUGAUUUAAAUAGUUGUGGAGAAUAAAACCACAGCCACAGAGGGAGUUCCAUAUUAAACGUUGCACGUUCAUCUGUGAUGUACAGCAUGAGAGUAGGACAUACAGUUAAUUAUAGAGACAUUAUGUAUGGCUUGUAUUAGAAAUGCCUAUGCAUUUCUUUAAGCAGCAAAGUUGAGCCCAUGCUGUGGAAUUACAGCACCAUUUUUAGAUCAAAGAUAUUUGUGUGCACUUUGUUUUCGGCAUUACUUUUUAGUAGUUUUUAAGUACUUUGUAUCCGUUGUGUCUGUGUUUUUAAUAGGUCCUCUCAUAGUAUUUCAGAAUAUAUGUUGAUAAAUGCAAAGGAAUGUGCAGUAGGGGCUUACCAGUUAACUCUUUAACAAUGGUAUGCUCAUGCUCAUCGACAUGCAAUACUCAAGUAUGAAAGCUGCUGAAUGAGUUCCACACAGUACAUUAUCUGACCUAUGGACUGUGGGAUAAAAGCACACUGAACAAAAUAAUGAAAAGUGCAGGCUCAGGACUUUUAGCAGCCUGUCAUCACCAAGUAACUCUCCCUGAAUGAAAUCUGUUUUACAGCAACUGACAAUCACCUUCCACUGAACAAGAAAAAGGAAAAGAAAAAUAAUGUGAGUUUUGCUAGUGUACAGUUAGUCAGCAAAAUACAAAUCAGAAUGAAAAGUAUUUAUUUAUCUUGUGAGAUUGCACAGGUAUUCAUUGUUCAUUUCAAACAGGAGUCAUUUGCCUUUUAUAAAUAACAAAGAGCCGACAAGAAAUCUUUAGGAAUUCCUGUUAUGGGUUAUUGGUUGAUGAUCAAUGAGUCUUCAAAGUCUUCCGCUCUUACACUUCAGCUGACCUUAUAUUUACAUCACUGAACUUGCAUGACUGUUUAUGAUAGAACAAUUCUAAAAGAGGUUGAAAUAUUGACCAGCUAAUGAUAGUGCAAAUACUGUAAUGUUAAGGUGUGGUGUGACGCUAUGUUGUGUUCAGGUGUACAUAAAGUCAAAGGAUGAAUAUCGGAAGUAGUGUGAACAAAAACAUGUGAGUGUGUGUGUGUGAGUGAGUAAAUGAAUGAGUGAUUAAGAGAGAGGAAUGCAUGUGUGUGCUGUCUUUGUUAUGUCACAUCACAUUUUCUUUUUUUUAAAAUAAAUAUCUAAAACAUU